AGCAUUCACACCCCUUCCCCAAUCCCUGCUCUCCCUGUGCAGGCCUGGAGCACACACUCCUGAGAGGCAGCAGAGCUCGGGGACUCCAGGUCCCUGAGAUCCCAGUCCGCACAGAAGGCUCAUGGAGCCUGGGGCACGUGGGGCCCUCCUCUCAAGGGCUAGCAAGUUCCCUCUGGACCUGUAGGGCACCACCCCAGUCUAGCCACCAUGGCGCAUGGCUUCCCAGUGGGCUUCGACCCAGUGGGCCUCAGAGACCUAAGCUCUGGCUCUCUGAGCUCCCUGUCCUCCCGAGGCCACCUGGGCAGCGAGUCAGGCUCUGCAACCCGAUACCUGCUGAGAAAGCAACGGCGGCUGCUGAAUGGGCCCCUCCGCGGAAUCCGAGCCUCAUCGCCCAUGGGCCGUGUCAUCCUCAUCAACUCCCCCAUCGAAGCCAACAGCGAUGAAAGUGACAUCAUCCAUGCAGUUCGAGUGGAGAAGAGUCCAGCUGGGAGGCUGGGGUUCAGUGUGCGGGGCGGCUCUGAGCACGGCCUGGGCAUCUUCGUCAGCAAAGUGGAGAAGGGGAGCAGUGCAGAGCGGGCUGGUCUGUGCGUGGGUGACAAGAUCACCGAGGUGAAUGGGCUGAGCCUGGAGAGCACCACGAUGGGCAGUGCUGUGAAGGUGCUGACGGGCAGCAGCCGCCUGCACAUGAUGGUGAGGCGCAUGGGCCGCGUACCAGGCAUCAAGUUCUCCAAGGAGAAGACCACAUGGGUGGAUGUGGUCAAUCGGCGGCUGGUGGUGGAAAAGUGCAGCUCAACGCCCUCUGACAGCGGCUCAGAGGACGGCGCACGGCGCAUCGUCCAUCUCUACACAACCUCUGACGACUUCUGCCUGGGCUUCAACAUCCGCGGGGGCAAGGAGUUUGGCCUGGGCAUCUAUGUGUCCAAAGUGGACCAUGGUGGACUGGCUGAGGAGAACGGCAUCAAGGUGGGGGACCAGGUCCUGGCGGCCAAUGGUGUCAGGUUCGACGACAUCAGCCACAGUCAAGCCGUGGAGGUGCUGAAGGGCCAAACACACAUCAUGUUGACCAUCAAGGAGACCGGCCGGUACCCUGCCUACAAGGAGAUGGUUUCUGAAUACUGUUGGCUGGACCGAUUGAGCAACGGGGUGCUGCAGCAGCUGUCACCAACCUCGGAGAGCAGCUCCAGUGCCUCCUCGUUCGCCUCCAGUGCCCCCUGCAGUUCGGCCGAUGGCUGGAGCUCCCUGCCCUCGGACUGCAUGGAUGUCUGCCUGGGGCCUGAGGAGCCAGGCAGCUGGGGCCCAGGCCGGGGGCGGGCAGACACGGCCAUGCAGACGGAGCCAGACGCGGGGGGCCACGUGGAGACCUGGUGUAGCGUGCGGCCCACAGUCAUCCUCAGGGACACGGCCAUCCGCUCCGACGGCCCCCCGCCUGCCCACCGCCUUGACUCUGCGCUCUCUGAGUCCCCCAAAACUGCUCUGCUCCUGGCCCUCAGCCGACCCCGGCCCCCCAUCACCCGCUCCCAGAGCCACCUGACCUUGUGGGAGGAGAAGAAACAGCGGAGGAAGGAGAAGUCGGGGUCCCCUGGGGAGAAGGGGGCCCUGCAGCGCUCCAAGACCCUGAUGAACCUCUUCUUCAAGGGAGGGCGGCAGGGGCGGCUGGCAGGGGACGGGCGCAGAGAGGCAUGGACGCUGGAUAGUGGGAGCACGGCCAAGCCCCGCCCCCACCCGGACCUGGAGAAAGGGCCCUGCUCUCUCCUGGUUCUCCUCCUGCUUCUCUGGCCAUUCCUCUCUCUCCUUCAAAGGCUCCUCUUUUUCUCUCUGUCCCUUGAAGCAGGGGGAGUGGGGUCCGUGCAGAAGUUUGUCACCUGGAGGCUGAGACGUGACCGGGAGAGGGGCCGGGCUCUGCUCUCUGCCAGGUCCAGGAGCCCCUCCAGCCAGCUGCCCAACGUGGAUGAGCGGGUGCAGGCCUGGGAGAGCCGAAGGCCCCUGAUUCAGGACCUGGCCCGGCGGCUGCUGACUGACGACGAGGUGCUGGCUGUCACCCGCCACUGUUCCCGGUACGUGCAUGAGGGCGGCGUGGAGGACCUGGUGAGGCCCCUGCUGGCCAUUCUGGACAGGCCUGCGAAGCUGCUGCUGCUGAGGGACAUCAGGGGUGUGGUGGCCCCCACAGACCUGGGUCGCUUUGACAGCAUGGUGAUGCCUGUGGAGCUGGAGGCUUUUGAGGCCCUCAAGAGCCAGGCAGUUUGGCCUCCUGCCUUGCGACCAGCCCGGCAGGACACACCGCCCAAGCGUCACCUCAUCACUCCUGUGCCUGACAGUCGUGGAGGCUUCUACCUACUUCCUGUGAACGGCUUCUCAGAGGAGGAAGAUGAUGGGGAGCUGAGGGGGCGUCUGGGGGGCCUCCAGGUCUCCCUGGGUGCCUCUGCCUCCCGCCACCCUCACAAAGGGAUCCCCCCUCUCCAGGAUGUGCCAGUAGAUGCCUUCAUCUCACGCAGAAGCGCCUGCACACCCCCUCCCCAGCCACCGCCCGUGGCUCCCCGGCCCCCGAGGCCUAACUGGCUGCUGACAGAACCCUUGACCCUAGAGGAUCCUCGGCAGAGCCGGAGCCAGGGCCCAGGCCAGAGCCGCAGCCGCAGCCGGGGCAGAGGCAAGUCCCCCGGACGCAGGCGUUCCCCAUCCCCGGCACCUAUCGCCACUCCCAGCACAGCCAGCGGGCGCUACCACAAGCCUCGGAAGGCCAGGCCUCCUCUGCCACGACCUAUGGAUGGGCAGGUGGCCAAGGCAGGGGGCAGUCGAGGGCCCUCUGAGAACGGAACUGGUGGGACAGCCGAGGAGGCAGCCACGAAGGUCCCCAGUGGGGAGCUGAGGACCGUCACGCUAUCCAAGAUGAAGCAGUCCUUGGGCAUCAGCAUUUCUGGGGGCAUUGAGUCCAGGGUGCAACCCAUGGUGAAGAUAGAAAAGAUCUUCCCUGGGGGCGCUGCCUUCCUCAGUGGGGCCCUUCAGGCUGGCUUUGAGCUUGUGGCCGUGGAUGGAGAGAGCCUGGAGCAGGUGACCCACCAGCGGGCAGUAGACACCAUCCGCCGGGCUUAUCGAAACAAGGCUCAGGAGCCCAUGGAGCUUGUGGUCAGGGUCCCCAGGCCUGACCCACUGCCCUUACCCUCCGACUCAUCAGCCCUCACUGAACAGCGGCUUCCUGGUGACCAUUCCCCUGCCCGCUGACCCCUUGAUGGUACUCCAGCUACCUCCCACUGGCUCCCAGAACCUCCCAUUAAUGCCCUUUCCACCCAUACCCAGACCCCUCCCGCUGAUGCCAGGCUUCUCCAGCUGACCCCCCCCCCCCCCCCCGGCCCAGUACACUCUCCAGUCUUCCAGCCUCCUGAUACUAAUCCCAGACUCUCCCCGGCUAUCCCGUAACUCUUCCCACUGACCCCAGAGAAUACUCCUGCCAUCCCCUGGACCUCACCUACUAACCUCUUCAGGCCUCAAGAACCUCCCACUCCUGCUUGCCUUGCCUACUCCCAAAGCUCCACACUGGUGGCUCAGGUCCUCUCCCCCCACAUUCUCCCUCCCGUUGUCACUAAGGCUCUGCCCAUUCCAGAUAAACUUGGUGUCAAGGACAAGGUGCUACUGGGCAGCUCUGUCACCAGCUCACUACCCUCAACCGCCCAAGACAGGAAGCGGGUUGGGAAACCCCAGGUCUGGAGCUUAGGAUUGGUGUGCACUUUCUCAUGAUUCCCCCAGUGAGGGACAGGCACUCUCAGAUAGGGCCCUCAAGGGGGUCACUGCAUCCAGCCCCCAGCCCCAGUGUUCUGUGCAAGGGGCAGGAUGGGGGUCUUUUCUAGUUUCUCAAACCCCAAGAGCCCAUUUCAUGUUGUGGGCCACUAGGACCUCAGAUUUUCUGCUGGAUUUGUCCCUCCCCCAUCACCCUUUCUCCCCCGAAGACCUCCAUGAGGGGUAGGGGAAUAGCCAGCAAAUAAAGAGGGCGUGGGGGUCAAACAAGUUCCCGUAAUCUUUAUCCAGCACACUCAUCUUUUUCUAAAAACAAAAAAAUUUUUUUUAAUUUUUUUCUUUGGGUUUGUACAAGAAAUUUACAAUGUGAAAAAUAUACAAGUGAAAACAAGGCCAUAAACCUGGGUGUGGGGGAGGGGCCACUUGGUCACAAAUACAAAUAAACAAGACAUUUCUGAGUUCUUCCUUUGGUCUGACUAUAGCCCCCUUACCCCAGGAGAGAGGCUGCAGAGCUGGAACCUGGGGAUCAGACCCCACUCCCAGCCCUGUCCCCCAAAAUGGGCAGGCUGGGGGCAGGCACAUCUGGAGCAGCUGGCGCUGUUUGGCUCGCUCUGGCUGUGUGAUGGGGAGAAUGUGGAGAUGAGGGAGCCCCUUCCUCUUCCCAGCCCCCUGGUCGGGUGGGCUGGAGCGCUGGGGGUGAACGGGGUUGGCAGAGUGGCAAUGGCAGUAGUUGGUGAGUGAAAUAGGUUGAGUGAGUAGGAGCCUCUGGUGACAGUGAAUAGAGGAACCUUCAAGGAGUCUGAUCUUGCUCAUCCAAGUCAUAGGGCAG